AUGCCUGUGAAGUGGACACCUGGAAAUGACCAGCUGCUCCUCCUCAAAAUCCUGGAGACCCACGACCUCUCCGUCGACACCAAGAAAGUAGCUGAAGCAUGGCCCGCCACCGACGCAAAAGACAAACCCACUCCCCGCGCCAUAACUGAACGCCUCGUGCGCAUGCGCCAGACAGCCCGAGCCUCCUCCGGAAACGCCGGCGGCUUCGCUAUCAAAAGCGCCCCUGCUACCCCCAAGAAACCUCAUAACACUACUACAUCCACCCCAGCCUCUGGCAAGACCAAAGCCCCCGACUCAACCAAGCGCGCUCGCACGCAGAAUGCUGACGUUACCGAAGACGAGGACAUGGCUGACGUCGAGACCCCCACCAAAUCGAGCAAGAGCGUGAAGAAGGAGCCUGAGAGCAAGGCUGUUAAACUUGAACUUGCGGAGUUGGAUGGUGUUCAUGUUCCUGCUAAGCGGGUUAGGAAGAGUAGUGCGUUGCCGUUGGGGAUGGUGGAGUAUAGUGGUGAUGGGGAGAAGUGGGAGGAGGAUGAGACUGUUUAUGAUAGUUCUGCUUCGGAGUUUGUGCCGGAAGAUGGUGUUAAGCGGGGGGAUGAGAGCUAACUUGUGUACUUGGUUUUGUGGUUGGGUAGAUGUCUGAGGGUUGAGUGGAGGAUUGGGG